GUGUGCAGCUAGAGUUGCAGAAUGUUGAAUAUGAAUGUAAUAGCUCUCAGAGAGUGGUUGAAAGUUCUGGUGUUCAGCUUAUUUGAGUUUUGGUUGAAAUGAUUUUUGGAGAGGUUCAUGGCUGAAGAUAAUGAAGAAAGAAUGGCUGGAGAGACUGCUGAAUGUCUGGGGGAUUCAGGGAUGACUCAACAAAGUGUAAAAACUAAUGACUUUGUGAUUGUUUGUGUGCUGACAACACACAAUACACGCAAAUACUUUGUGGGUGAAAUCAAAGAGAAAACUGGCUCAGAAUUUCUUGUUAGGUUUCUAAGGAAACAGCAAAAUAAGUUUGUGUGGCCAGAAGAGUUGGACGAAUGCUUAAUAACAUUUGAGCAAAUUGCUUUUGUACUCAACGAACCAGAUAUUUUGAAGCGUGGUGUUCGUUUCUCAGAAAAAGAACUUGAAGGCUUUUCUAUAAUUUGAGUGGUUUAAGGAGGUUACUGUUACCUCACAUCACACUAAAUUCAAAUGUAAUUCAAUAAGCUUGUAUAAUAUAAUGGUGUACAACUGAUGAUAAAUGUACUGCAGCUUCAUUAUGGUUACUUAAAAUAUUUUUUGAAAUAUAUCCAUUUACUUAUCAUGGAGUUGGUCAAUUUACACGCCAGCUGGGGAUAUUUUGCCCAGGUAAGUGUUUUUCAUUAAGUUUGUGCAAGUGUCCAAAGUAACCUCAACCAUGAAGUAACUUUGACCAGUGACAAAAAAAUUAUUUUGCUUGAUGUACAUCGUUUUAAAUAAAGUUAGGUAAAUUAAUCAGUAGCUAGGUGGCUAGCCCCCAAAAUACAAUAUUCAGUUUCAGGAAACUGUGUGUGACCGAUAUCACACUUAAAUUGAAA